CCAUGUCAAUACAAAUCCCAUCGCUUCGCUUAUCCUUUUGUUUCUUCUCCACUCUUCUUCGCCCAUCGCCUCUCUCUCUCUCUCUCUCUCUCUCUCUCUCUCUCUGUUUCCUUUCAGCCACAACAAUCUGAGCAUGGCCAUUACUCUCAGCCUUCCAAAACUCCCCAUUAUCGCUCCCAUUGCUUCCUCCAAGCUUCCACUUCCCUCCAUUCCAACCAAAUUGCACUUCUCUCAAAACCCCAAAUCUCCGCGCACUUUCUUCAUUCAGAGUGUUUGUAAUCUCAAACCCUAUACCCUUCCCCUUACCGCUCUCACAUUGCCAUUCUUCCUUCAUCCACAGGAUGCACUUGCUGCUGGAGGGGAGUUUGGGAUUUUGGAGGGAAGGUCAAUUGCCCUCAUCCACCCUGUUGUUAUGGGUGGUCUUUUUGUCUGGACACUCUGGGCUGGCUAUUUGGGCUGGCAAUGGCGGCGAGUCAGGACGAUUCAGAAUGAAAUUAAUGAGCUCAAGAAGCAAGUGGUGCCUGCGGCAGUAGCCCCAGAUGGGAAGCCUGUUGAGGCACCUCCAUCUCCCACGGAAUUGAAGAUUCAGCAGCUCACAGAGGAGAGGAAAGAGCUGAUCAAAGGGUCCUUCAGAGAUAGACACUUCAAUGCUGGUUCCAUAAUAUUAGGAUUCGGAGUUUUGGAAGCAAUUGGUGGAGGCUUAAAUACAUGGCUUAGAACAGGAAAGCUUUUUCCAGGCCCUCAUUUGUUUGCAGGAGCAGGGAUAACUGUUCUGUGGGCACUGGCAGCUGCUCUUGUACCUGCAAUGCAGAAGGGAAAUGAGACAGCCAGAAAUCUCCACAUUGCGCUGAAUGCAUUAACUCUCGUACUCUUUGUAUGGCAGAUCCCCACUGGAAUUGACAUUGUCCUCAAAGUCUUUGAAUUCACUACCUGGCCUUAAUUUACUGUUAGUUCUAUGUAAACUUCCUUCCCUUUUCCUCAUCAUUUCUUUCCACUUUCCCAUCUCCCAGUUCUUGCGUACUGCAAAUAUUCUUAACCAUCUCUUGGUAUAGCCCUAGACACCCUCAACCCUGCUCUCCAUUGCCUCAAUCCAACUACUAUCAUACACAAGAACGUGGUGUCUGGCGAGCACAAGCAUCGCCUUCCUCCCUCUCACUUGUAUCAGAUUCAGAAGUAAGUGUGUCCAAUAGAAUCUAUCUCCUUUAUUUCUUCA